AUGGGAGAUUUCAAUUGUAUCCUUCGACUUGAUGAGAAAAAGGGUGGUCUUGAGCCUAGGACUUCAGCAAUUAAUGAUUUUUCUGAUUGGAUAAAUGAUAAUAAUCUUUUCGAAGCAGAUUUCUUGGGUACUAAAUUUACUUGGACUAAUGGUCAGUCGGGUUCUCACAGAAUCAUUAGUAAGUUGGAUCGUGCUGUUAUCAAUGCUGCUUGUUGGAAUAUGCCAGUUCAUGGUUCUCUUGAUUUCAUAUUUACUUAUAAACUCAAGAGGCUAAAGGGGGUGAUUAAGGAAUGGAAUCUUACGGUUUUUGGUAAUAUUCAUUCUAGGUUGAAGCAAGACCAGCUGAGGUUUGAAUCUGCGGCUCUUUGCUCGGAUGAAGAUCCUAAUGAUGUUUUCAAACUUAAUCUUAUGAAGGAUGCUAUGGCUAGGCUUAGUGAGACUCGGCUUCCACAUAACUCUAUGCUUAAGCAAAAGGCAAGGAAUCAGUGGCUUGUGGAGGGUUCAAGCAACACUACUUUCUUCCAUAAUAGUAUUCGCAUUCGUCGGAGUUCUAAUACUAUUUCAGAACUAACCGAUAGUGAUGGCCAUACUAUUUCAGACUAUGAUCAGUUGCGUGACCAUGUGGUGCAGUUCUAUGAGGAAAAGUUUAAUGGCCAUGAGUCUGAUUUGGAUGCUAGUUUAUUUGAUUAUGAGAAUGUUGGUAUCUCAGAGGAAGAAAGUCUUGUUAUGGACAGAAUUCCUACUCCUGACGAAAUUAAACAAGCAGUUUUUGAUCUUGGAGUUGAUAGUGCUCCAGGGCCGGAUGGUUUUCUGGUUGUUUCUAUCGUCAUUUCUGGGAUAUUAUUAAUGAAUAUUUGA